CUUUUAGGUGUAACAUUAAUGCUUCCACGAAUUGCUAUUUACAGUUCUACAAAGGCUGGUGUCGUUCAUUUUACACGAUGUAUUGCGCAGGUUUGUCAUUCGGGCUGUUGUCAUCAGGGGCGUAGCCAAGGGGGGGGGGCAAGGGGGGGCGGUCGCCCCCUCAAUCGCAAAAAAACUAUUCUCUGAAAAAGGCUAAAUCCGUAGAGAAAUGGGGAGGGGGGUACACGUUACAUCCUCGAAGCUGAAACGGAUUAAGUACGUCUCGACUGAGGAAAACGACGAAAUACUGGAAGAACUUGAUUUCUAAAAUCUCGUUAAAACAGUUGUAGAUAUGGUUCCAAGAGGAAUAGAUUUAGUUCAGAUUUACAUGUAUAUGCAUUAUGAUAACAUGAAUAUUCUUCUCAGACUUAUUCUGUAUCAUAUAUAAAAGCGAGUAGAAACUUAGAAAUGUCGGGGAAAAUUUAUGUCUUCGACGUACUUUAUAAUCUUCGGGAUUCUGCAAGAUUUCCCCCCCCCAAAAUGCUUGAAGUCACAUUUCAGGGACUCUAAAUUUUAAAAUUUUUCCUUGGGUGCAUGCCCCCGAACCCCCCUAGAGCGUACUUUAUAAUCUUCGGAAUUCUGCAAGAUUUCACCCUCAAAAUGCUUGAAAUCACAUUUCAGGGACUCUAAAUUUCAAAAUUUUCACGGGGGUGCAUGCCCCCGGACCUCCCUAGAUGGUCUCGCGCCUUCGGCGUUCGCUUCGCCCCCAAAAAUGAAGGUCUGGCUACGCCACUGGUUGUCAUGUUCGUGAAUCGUGAUUGCUCCACAAUUCGGCCAGAUACAGAGGAAAAUACUGAAAUUCAUCUAAUUCGGUCAGAGAUUUUUACCUCGUGCUGUUCUAUACACAAAAUAUUCAGCUCUUGACUACGAACAACAUGCAUGUUAAACUAAAUUUUAAUCUACGUCUUACUCAGUCAGUCUAGCUAUAAGUACUUUGAAGAGAAGGGAAUCAAACACGACAGCUAAAAAGAACAUAAUAAAAUUAGUAAAAUUGUAAAAUUUAGUUGCGAAAUGUUGUAAAGCUUCGGAAAAAUAUAGUCUUGCAAAGUUCGCAAAUUUUGUACAUGUUUGUGUUACGUGCGGAAAUUAUUACCAUUUUCGGCUCAAAAUGGUAACAAUUUCCGCACGUAAUACAAACAUAUACAAAAUAUGCAAACUUCGUAAGGCUAUAUUUUCCGUAUUUUACAACAUUUCGUAACCAAACUUUGAAAUUUUACUAAUUUUAAUAAGUUCUUUACGGGAAUUUACUUUUUUUGCCUAGAUCAAAAAUUAGUCUAACAUGCAAGCUGUCGCAAGCAAUCCCUUGAGAUUUAUAAGAUCAAAUUAUAAAUCUUUACGAAACAAAGUAAAUAUCCAAAUAAAUAUGAUUAUUAUAUAUCAAUAGUCAAAGUCGCAUUUUUCUAGUGUUUUAUUGGUUGAGAGCAUAUCACGUGAAAGUGACGAAAUUAGGCUGUCUUCCUCGCAACAGCGCGAGAGGGAGAUAAUACGUUAUCGACCGGCGAAUAACAAAAAAUAUCACGUGCGCCAUCACGUGAAGAUGCGACCUUUGGACAUGCCUAGUACGUAAUUAAAACUUUCGCUUUAAGUAACUGCAGUGUAGCCAGUGUUUAAUAUAACGUUUUAACAAUAAAAUAUUUCAUGUAUUUACGUUCAUUUGUUCUUUAAUUUGUUGUUUCUUUGACUAUUGAUAUAUAAUAAAACACUUAUUUACUGAGACCUCGGGAAAGCAGUGUGUUUUGUCGACCGUCGACCGUCGAUGUUUCCCUCGGCUCCGUCGACCAUCGACGGUCUCGGAUCCACAAAACACACUGUUUCCCUCGAUCUCAGUAAAUAAGUGAUAAAUAUUUAUUGAGGGUAGAUAUAUGAAUAUUCAGAAUAUUCAGGGUAGAUAUAUGAAUAUUCAACUAUGAAUAUUUGUAAAGAAAUUUGAAUGAAUGCUGAUGAGAACAUGAAAGCCUAGUUUUGUUUGGAAUGGAGUUUCAUAUAUAUAUAUAUAUAUAUAUAUAUAUAUAUAUAUAUAUAUAUAUAUAUAUAUAUAUAUAUAUAUAUAUAUAUAUAUAUAUAUAUAUAUAUAUAUAUAUAUAUAUAUAUAUAUAUAUAUAUAUAUGUGAGCACCGCCAUAUAUACAUGAAAUUAUUGCUCAUAUUAUAUUGGGAGGUGUCGUGGUAACCAGUCGUCAGUGCAUUUUUUUAUGUGUAAAAUGGUUUACGAGUGACUCAGGAUCCAUUUUAUUUGGUACAUAUUUUUUUGCUUUUGCAAUUUACCCCUGGUAGAAGUCUCAUGAAAAUAUUAACUACUGUGUCAACGACUACUUUUUCAGACAUCACCACGUGAUCAUGGUGUGAGAGUGAACUGCAUAUGUCCUGGAUAUGUUUACACUAACAUGAUGACGUCCUUCCUUAAUGAUACAUGGGAAGGGAGAUUCAAACCUACUCCGGAAAUUGCCGAUUUGAUCCCGAAAAAUGACGAAGAGGCGCGCGAGAUGUACUUAAAGUAAGUUCAGUUGUGUUUGUAGCUUGUAAUGAGUUUGUCUGACGAUGAUUGUUCUGCCUGGAAUGCAGACAUUGUGUCUUCUCACAAUGCCUAUACUAAGAUGUGCUGGAUACAGCUUUGCCAGAUAGCAGACGGUGCAGGAUACUAGUCUACCGGAUAUAAUAACCGGAUACUGAUGGCGGUACUUGGUCAAAACGACACUAACCACAUCUCUAGCCUACAUCACUCCUUUUUUUAUUUUAUAGAACGUCAGACAUUAGCAAUGAAGUGAUGAAACUCAUAAAUGAUGAGUCAAAAAACGGUCAAGUGUUAGCUAUCACAAAGAAUCCGGAUGAUCGCACGCUGCUUGAAAACGUUGAGUUGAAAUAA